AAAUGGCGCCCAGCUCGAAAUCGGAGCGGGGCGGCUCGGGGGGGAAGCGGGGCCCGGCUGGAGCGGGCGGUGGAUCCUCCUCCGCGGGGGUCCGGGGCCGCCGGGAGCACGUGGUGCGGCAGCUCGACCGGGUCAAGAUCAGCGGGCAGCUUUCUCCACGCCUCUUCCGCAAGCUGCCCCCAAGGGUGUGCGUUUCCCUGAAGAAUAUUGUUGAUGAAGAUUUCUUGUGUGCAGGACACAUCUUCCUCGGCUUCUCCAAGUGCGGGAGGUACGUCUUGUCAUAUACCAGCAACAGCGGCGACGACGACUUCUCCUUCUACAUCUACCACCUCUAUUGGUGGGAAUUCAACGUGCACAGCAAGCUGAAGCUGGUGCGACAGGUUCGCUUGUUUCAAGAUGAAGAAAUCUACAGUGACCUUUACCUGACUGUGUGUGAAUGGCCCAGUGACUCCUCCAAGGUCAUCGUCUUUGGCUUCAACACACGCUCUGCAAACGGCCUGCUGAUGAACAUGAUGAUGAUGAGUGAUGAAAACCAUCGGGAUAUUUACAUCAGCACGGUGGCCAUGCCCCCACUCAUGUACUGUCCUGGCUGCAGGGAUAUGGCCCUCGCACAUCCAGGGGACCCAAACGCCCACUGCCUGCAGCACGGCUUCAUGCUGCACACAAAGUACCAGGUGGUCUAUCCUUUCCCCACAUUCCAGCCAGCCUUCCAGCUCAAGAAGGACCAGGUGGUGCUGCUGAACACCAGCUACUCCCUCGUAGCAUGUGCUGUUUCCGUACACACCGCAGAGGACAGCAACUUCUGCCAAAUUCUCUACGACAGAAGGAACCAGCCCCAGUCACCCCACGCCGGGGCUUGUGAUGCUGCAGGUGCCAUGCGGUGCCCAGCGGGUGCGGAGGAGCGGAUGGAAAGAGAUGGCUGCCCUUGCCGAAUGGCUGCCACGCCAUCGUCCGCCUGCAGCACUUCCCAGGGCCCAGAAAGCCCCAUCAGACCCAUGGAGCUGUCGCCAGCCGUGGCCAAGGCGAAAGAGUUUGUGGCCGAUAUCUUCCGGCGGGCCAAGGAGGCUAAAGGCUCGGCCCCGGCGGAAGAGGAGGAGGUGGGUGGCGGCCGGUUUGAGUGCCGGCCUGCCCAGGAAGCCAGCCCACACAGAUCACUGUCCCAGGGCCCCCCUGCUGAUGCACCGUGGGAGGCAAGGCCGUGCUCAGGGCCCUCUGGGAGUUAUUGCCGCCUGCAUCAUGGCCUCUCGUCUCCCAGGGGAGACCGAACUCCAGAAGGGGAUCAGCCCCCGAAAGAUUCUCCCCUUGCCGGAGCGGAGCUGGAGAGCCAGCCAGCUGAGCCCGGCUACGUGAACUACACCAAGCUGCGCUAUGGCCUGGAGCCCAGUGACCUGGCGGAGCCGGAGGAUGAGUACGAGGAUGACAAGAUCUCGCUGCCAUUUGUCGUAACUGACCUGAGAGGGCGAAACCUCAAGCCGCUGAAGGAGAGAGCCAUAUUCCAGGGCCAGUACCUGACUGUGGAGCAGCUGACUCUGGAUUUUGAGUACGUCAUUAAUGAGGUGAUCCGGAACGAUGCCUCCUGGUCCAGGCAGUUCUGCUCCUUCAGCGACUACGACAUCGUCAUCUUAGAGGUGUGUCCAGAAACCAACCAAGUCAUAAUCAAUAUUGGAUUAUUGCUCUUGGCCUUCCCAUCUCCUGACGAAGAGGGCCAGCUUAGGCCGGUGUGUGUCCUGUGCCUCCCCUCCAGACCAAAGACCUAUCACACCAGCUUGAAAGUGGCCUGGAAUCUGAACACCGGCACCUUCAUCACUGUCAGCGUGGGAGACCUCACAGAAGUCAAGGGGCAGACCAGCGGCAGCGUCUGGAGCUCCUACCGGAAGAGCUGCGUGGACAUGGUGAUGAAGUGGCUGGUGCCGGAGAGCAGCGGGCGAUACGUCAACAGAAUGACGAACGAGGCACUUCAUAAAGGCUGCUCCUUGAAGGUCCUAGCAGACAACGAGCGCUACACCUGGAUCGUCUUGUGAUGCGGAGGCGAGCCCGGGCUGGUUCCUGCCGUACUGUACGUCGGAUUUAACUACCUCCUCCUGGUUGAGUUUUGUUGGGUUUUCAUUUCUCUUCAUCCUUUUUUUAAUUAGAGUAACUCGUGCUUUUGCUGAAAGUGGCUGGAAGUAGGAGUAUUCCUAGGGGAGGGGGAAAUGCCUGUCGGCUCAGGGCCCAGCCCAGCGUCUCCUCUGGGGUUGGACCACGAGUCUCUUGCCUUUGCCAACGGCUACGGGCUGCUCUGCCUGCCGGUGGCGUUUCCUGUGGUGCACAUGCUCAGUUGGGCUAGCGGGAUGCUGUGGGAGGGGACCUGACCCUCGUCACCGUGAUCUGCGGUGACAUAGCAGUAACGUGCCCUGGCACUUGCUGCUAGGGCAGGGGUCCACCCUUUCUGGCGAUGGGGCAGCCUCGUCCUCCGGCUUGGGACACCACUUUAACCAUCUCCUUGCUUACUGGAGACGGUGAAUUCUUCUAAUACUGCUUCGGCCGCGUGCUGCCAAAGCUGUCAGCAGCAUGCCUGGCCCCUGGGGGGAACGACCCUCGCAGCCCCUCUCCUGGGACCGUUCAGGUGUUAUUGAGGGGGUGAGAGGGCAGCAUUCCAGUUUCCCCAGGGCAUAGCGGGAUCCUGUGGCUGAACAAAUCUCCCACCCUCCAAGGGGCCAGACUGCCCGGUUCUGUUCAAUGUCUAUUUAAGUGUCAUUCUCUGUUCAGUGUUUAAGGCACUUUUUCCAGUGGAGGAGGUUUUUCCUUUGAGUCCAGAUAACGCACCUCUCCCCCGCCCGCACACUUUGUGGAUCAUUCCACAUCCCUGGCCCCACUGUUAAUCAUUUAGUUUCUCCUCAAAUGGGCUUUUGUUUCCCUGUAAUAAACGUUUUAAUUUCCAAGA